AUGGCCAAGGCUAAGAAGGGCGGCAAGAGCGACGAGAAGGCGGCUAAGGCAGCCGCAAAGAAGGCAAAGCAAGCCAACAAGGGUGAAAAAAAGGCCAAGACCAAGGCUGCGAAGCUCGAGGGCAGCGAUGCCGAGGACGUGGAUCUCGAGCAAGUGCUCGAAGAGUACAAGAGGCAGCAGGAGCAGUUUCUCAAGAUCACCGAGACUGUGGCUGAGGCGCCCCCUAAACCUCGUUCUGCCUCCACACUCAUGGCCUCGCCCUGUGAUCGCAACAAUCUGUUGCUCUUUGGUGGCGAGUACUUCAACGGCGCAUUGGCGCAGUUCUUCAAUGACUUGCACAUCUACUAUAUUGACCGCGAUGAGUGGAGGACCGUGACGUCGCCAAAUGCGCCGCUGCCGCGCUCUGGACAUGCGUGGACUCGGGCUUCCAACCCGAACCACAUUUACCUGUUUGGCGGAGAGUUCUCCUCGCCGAAGCAGGGUACUUUCCACCACUACUCGGACUUCUGGCGCCUGGAGCCUGCCACGAGAGAAUGGACAAAGAUUGAAUGCAAGGGCAAGACACCUCCGGCGAGAAGUGGUCACCGUAUGACAUACUGGAAGCAGUACAUCAUUCUGUUCGGUGGUUUCCAAGACACUUCAAACCAGACCAAGUAUCUCGCCGACCUGUGGAUCUUUGAUACCCAGAACUUCUCGUGGUUCAGUCCAACGUUGCCUCCUGCUCAGCUGAAGCCUGACCCGAGAUCGUCCUUCACGCUGCUCCCCCAUGAGCAAGGAGCGGUUCUCUACGGAGGCUACUCCAGAGUCAAGGCCACGGUAGCAGCCAACAAGCAAGCCAAGGGCUCUGCUCAGGGGCAGAGGAACAUCCUGAAACCCAUGGUUCACGAUGACUGCUUCUUCCUCAGAAUGUCUCUGCCUGCGGAAGGCUCACCGGCCACCGCCCCUCCCGUUGUCCGCUGGGAACGACGCAAGAAGCCUGCCAAUGCUCCCAACCCCAAGCGCGCGGGUUCGACCAUGACAUGGCACAAGGGACGUGGCAUUCUGUUUGGAGGUGUGCAUGACGUGGAGCAGAGUGAAGAGGGCAUAGACAGCGAGUUCUUCAGGGAGUUGUUUGCGUGGAACAUUGAGCGUAAUCGCUUCUUCCCGCUAGUUCUUCGCAAGGCCCGUCAACAAAAGAAGCAAGUCGUUGAACAGCGCGGUGGCCGUCGCAACAGAGCCCAGGAUCGAGAGGAGGAGCUUCUCAGACAGCUGGCCGCUCUGGAGACGGGCAAGUCUUUGGAGGACGCAGAGGACAUGGAGCUUGACAAGAAGGAGGAGCCUGAAGAGGAGGUUAAGCCUUUGAGGGAGAUGCCCAUCACCAUGGAGCUGCCGCAUCAGCGAUUCAACGCUCAGCUUGCCGUCCAGGACGAUGUGCUUUACAUCUAUGGCGGCACGUUCGAGCAGAAGGAUCGCGAGUUUACAUUCGACGAUUUGUAUGCUGUGGAUCUUGGAAAGAUGGACGGAUGCAAGGAGAUCUUCAACAGGCCCGUCGAGGACUGGAUCGUGAGCGCACCCGAGUACCUUCUCUCCCCCUUCGAGUCUCGUCGCGACUUCUUCGUGCGUACCACCGCAGAGUGGCAGGAGAUUCUUAUGACCAACUUGCGGUGGAAGAACAUCCAACCAGAGACACUCGCCAUCAAGGAGAUCAAGGCGAAGGCCUUCGAACUCAGUGAGGAGAAGUGGUGGGAUUGCAGAGAGGAGAUCACGGCUCUGGAAGAGGAGCAGGAAGCUGCUGGCAUCCAGGAGGUUUCCAUCAUGCCGAUCGGCAUUCAGCGGCUCAACGCGAAGCGCUCGCACCCAAAUGAUCGCAUCAUCUUCAUCAAGCCGCUGAAGGGCCCAGGCGAGAAAAUCGCCCAGGACUAUCUGGAGAGAAUUGCGGCGCAAUGCUUACCCAUCAUGAAAGAAAACCACCUAUCGGUGAUGUCAUUGGAAGAGUAUGAGCCGAACCCUGAGUUUGUCGGAAGAAACUUCAAUGCCGGCGAAAUCGUGCAGCUGGUUCUCAAGUCGCGCUCAGGGAGAUGGCUUCCGUUUGAGUAUGUCCAGAUGGUCAUGAUGCACGAAAAUCAGUACGCAGAGCAGAUGAGAGGCUUGUGGCAGCGAGGCUACACCGGCGAGGGCAUCUGGGGUCGUGGCACUUUGCUGCAGACGGGUGAGUUCCAGAACAACGUGGCACUGCCCAGCGAGCCACUACCGGAGCAUCUCUGUGGCGGAACGUAUCGCUCGCGUGGUCGCAAGAGAAAGGCCAAACCCAAGCUCUCCUACAAAGAACAGAAGGAACGUCGGAUUCUCAAGAAGUUUGGUGCAAACGGCGUUGCGCUCGGUGCGGAUGAGGAGACCAAGGUCAAGCUGGAGGGCGGCAAACGCACGCAGGCAAAACCUCGCGUGGCUGGGAGUGCCAGAGGCCGCGAAUUACGAGCAGCGGCAGCAUUGGCGCGCUUCGACCAGCAGAAGAAGGAACCCCAGGAGGACUUCACAGUCAAAGACGAGGAGGACGGCACGGAGAGCGAGUACGAGGAUGACCCGGUGGAUGUCAAGUCUGAGGAUGCCGUUGAUAUCGACGGCAAGAAGAUGCUUGACGGCAAGGGCCGCGGGAUGAUAAAGGUCUGCGAGGACGAGAACCCCGACGACCAGGAUGCGCAGAAUGAGCUUCAAGAGCUGCGCGCAUCCGUCAAACAAUGGCGACAAACACAUCUCAGUUUCAAACGCGAAGACGAGCCCUCGGCAUCGGCAUCGGCAUCUCAAGCUAAAGUAAACAAGCCAAAGCAAGAGAAGCGAAACGCCACGACGGAUCGAGCCUCCAAGCAAGCAUCGCCGCCGAGAGUCAAAAAGGAAGAAGACGACGAAGACCAGCCGGUGCCGAUUUCGGACAUUGAGAGCGCACCACCGCCG